AUGACCGCGACCCAGCCUGUAAUCGCCUCGCCCUCCAUGGUCUCCAUCGUCAUCAAACUCCUUCGCCAGCGCCAGCGGGCCCUCGUUAACCGCGGCAAGGCCAAAAACCUCGGCAUGGCCAUGUUUGCCCUGACCACCAUUCUCUACUUCUGGGUCGGUCGCAUGCGCGCAAGCAAAAAGACCCCUCCGCGCGGCAAGGCCAUCCCCCAUCUCAAGACCAACUUCUUCAUGGUGGAUGUCGCCUUUCAGUAUAUCAAGGCCAGGUUCGAGGGCGACGAGCUCAAGUGGGUGCAGAACCUCUCGAAACAGGGCCUCACCCUGACUACGGAAAUUGUGGGACACUGCCUGAUUCUGGCCUUUGAGCCGUCGUCGGUCCAGCAUAUGCUGGUCAAGAACUUUGAGAACUAUCCCAAAGGACCUGCUUUCCACAGGGCCUUCUUCCCAUUCAUGGGCACAGGCAUCUUCAACGCCGAUGGUGCUGCCUGGAAGAAUCAGCGUGCCCUGGCUCGACCUCACUUCCAGGUCACCGAGUAUAAGGGCGCGGCACAUAUCGAGACGCAGAUCAACCAGGUCUUUGGCAUCCUCGAUAAAGCAAUUGCUGCAGAUGCAGUGAUCGAUGUGCAGGACCUCUGGUCGCGCUACACGAUUGACACUGCGACGGGAUUCCUCUUUGGAGACUGUAUCAACGCCCUGGAUGUACCCCAAUCCAAGUUCGUGAGCGCGUUCAAUUACACGCAAAAGCUCUGCGGUUGGAAAGUCCGGCUCUGCGAAUACCAGGCGUUCGUUCCGGCGUUCGAGUUCCCGCAAAGGGUCAAAGAUAUGGAUGCAGUUCUGAUGCCGAUCGUGGACACGGCUAUUGCCAAGGAGAUGAAGCGUCGAGCGGAGGCUGUUGAGGGUGAGGAGAACGCGCAUCAGCACGAUAAUUUGUUGAUGCACUUUUUGAAUUCUGUAGACGAAAACGAAAAGCCAUUCAACCGCAUCUACCUGCGCGAUAUGUUGAUGAACUUUUUGCUGGCUGGAAGAGACACGUCAACAAACUUGUUGACAUUUAUGUGCUAUAAUCUCGGAAAGCACCCUCUAGUGAUGGAGCGCGUCCGCGAGGAGAUCUUUGAGGUGGUAGGCCGUGACCGCAAGCCCGACCACAAGGACAUCAAGAAGCUCAAGUUCCUAAAGCAGGUCAUUAACGAGACAUUGCGACUUUACCCAGCAGUGCCCUUCAACAUCAAGACAUGUCUAGAGGAUGAUGUUCUGCCCAAUGGCUACUUCAUCCCCAAAGGCUCCCUGGUCGUCCACUCAUCUUACGUGACUCACCGCAUGAAGGAGUACUGGGGCGAGGAUGCAGAGGAAUUUGACCCUGACCGCUGGGGACCAGAGCGCGUCAAGAUGGUUCGGCCUUUCAUGUUCUUCCCCUUCCACGCUGGUCCUCGUAUUUGCUUGGGUCAAAACUUUGCAUAUAACCAGGCUAUGAAUACAAUGACGCGCCUGCUGCAAAAGUACACAUGGAAGGUCGUGGACGGAUUUGUCCCCAAGCCCGAGUCGGAUAUAACGAUGUAUUCUCGAAACGGCAUGCAUAUUAUCUUUGACCAUUUCCGCGGAUGA